UGAGUGUCAGAAAUGUCAAAAUAAAAUAAGCUUAAAUCAUUUUAAAGUAGUUUAAUAACAUUUUGGUCCAAAAUUAAAAUGUCUGUUACCCUAGCAAAUAAAUCUAAAAAAAUGUGCUAUUAUGACGAACAGCCAAAUAAUAAUGGAUUACCCACCGUCAGAUUAUUUUGUCCUACUUGCCAGCAGGGUGGAAGCUAUGUGCAACAAGUAUCUCCAAAUUGGUACAGAGUUUUCAAUCCAAUGCAGUAUCAAUCACAUGUAGGUAAUAUGAUUUCUGAUCCAUCACACCCAGAAACUUAUGGGUGCCCUACUUGUCAACAGCCUUUAAAUCAAAACUAUAACAGACAUAUGCCGUAUGAGGUAAAGAGAAAUGGAUUAAAUGAUCCAGACCAUUAUUUUUCACAAAAUGCAGCAUACGAAGGUUUUAACAAUAGGAACUAUCAUAAUGGUAUACCAUGCAUAGAUCAUAUUUCUCCGAAUACAUUUCAAAAUUCCUACACCCAAGAUACCUACACCGUCAGCAGAGCAUGUGAGGCUACUGAUAAUUGUUUUGUACAAGACUGUGGUUGUAAUACCAAUUUACCUUACUCAAAUACAUGCAGUACUCAAACUAGUACUUAUAUGCAGGACUAUGGGCAAUGCAGCCAAUGUAUGUCAGAUCCAAAAUCUAAAAGAAAUCAAGGAACCAUGGUAAAUCCCUCUGCCAACACGAAGGACACAUCAGUAAUACCAAAUUUAGACUGUGAAUAUUGUGAUAUAAAUAAUGAGGAUUGUGCGCCCAGCUUCAAAGACAAGUUUAAGUCAUGGUUUAAACGAAAUGACGAAAAAAUGGCAAGUCACUCUACAAAAUCAACCAAAGAAAUAUAUGCAGAAUUGCCAAUUUUGAGUUGUGAAUAUUGUGGCAUGAAGAGUGAACAUAAAUCCAAACCUAAGUCAAAUCUAAUAUCCAAACGGAAUCAAGGAACGGUGGUAAACCCCUCUACCAAAUCCAAAGAAAUCUCAGCGUCAAUGCCAGAUUUUGACUGUGAAUAUUGCGGCGGCACAAAGAGUGAAACCAAAUUAAAAGGCAAAUCAAAACCAAAACUUAUUCGGAAUGAAGACAGAGUGGCAAGUCCCUCUACAAAAUCCAAAACAGUAUCAAAAUAUCAUGAAAAUUGUUGCGAUGAGUACAGUGAGCACAGACCACUAACUGGUAAGUUAAAUCCAGUACCCAAACGAAAUCAAGCAACAAUGGCAAAUCCCACUACAAAAUCCAAAAAAGUUUCAGCGAUAAAGCCAAGUUUGGACUGUGAAUAUUGUGACGGUAAAAAAAGUAAGCUCAAAUCUAAAGAGAAGUUAAGUCCAAAAUCCAAUCAAAAUCAAGAGUCACGGGAAAACUCCUCUACAAAAUCCUUAGACUGUGAAUAUUAUGGCGGUAGAAAAAGUGAGGACAAAUCUAAAGAUAAGUUCAUUCCAAAAUCCAAUCAAAAUCCAAAAACAAUGGAAAAUCCUUCUACAAAAUCCGUAGACUGCGAAUAUUGUGGCGGUAUAAAAGGUGAGCCCAAAUCUAAAGAAAAGUUAAAUCCAAAAUCCAAUCAAUACCAAGAAUCACGGGGAAAUUCCUCUACAAAAUCCUUAGACUGUGAAUAUUGUGGCGGUAGAAAAAGUGAGGACAAAUCUAAAAAUAAGUUCAUUCCAAAAUCCAAUCAAAAUCCAAAAACAAUGGAAAAUCCUUCUACAAAAUCCGUAGACUGCGAAUAUUGUGGCGGUAUAAAAGGUGAGCCCAAAUCUAAAGAAAAGUUAAAUCCAAAAUCCAAUCAAGACCAAGAAUCACGGGGAAAUUCCUCUACAAAAUCCUUAGACUGUGAAUAUUGUGGCGGUAGAAAAAGUGAGCCCAAAUCUAAAGAAAAGUUAAAUCCAAAAUCCAAUCAAGACCAAGAAUCACGGGGAAAUUCCUCUACAAAAUCCUUAGACUGUGAAUAUUGUGGCGGUAGAAAAAAUGAGCAAAAAUCUGAAGAGAAGUUAAAUCCGAAAUCCAAUAAAAAUCCAAAAACAAUGGAAAAUUCCUCUACAAAAUCAUUAGGCUGUGAAAAUUGUGAUGGUAAACAAAGUGAGCAUAAAUCUAAAGAUAACGUAAAUCCAAAAUCCAAUCAAAAUCAAGAGACAAUGAAAAAUCCCUCUACAAAAUCCUUAGGUUGUGAAUAUUGUGACGGUGCAAAAAGUGAGCCCACAUCUAAAGAUAAGUUAAAUCCAAAACCCAAUCAAGAUCAGGAAAAAAUGGAAACUUCCUCUACAAAAUCCAAAGAACUAUCAGUGAUCCUACCAAGUUCAAGCUGUCAAUAUUGUGACGGCACAAAGAGUGAAGACAAGUUAACUAAACAGAAUGAAGAAACUAAGUAUAAUUCCUCUACAAAAUCCAAAGAAAUACCCGCGGAAAUGCCAAUUUUAAACUGCGAACGUUGUGGCAGAAAGAGUGCACACAAACCCAAAGAAGAACUAAAUCCCAUAUCCAAUCGGGACCAAGGAACCAUGGCAAAUCCCUCUACAAAAUCCAAAAAAGUGUCAGUGGAACUACCAAGUUUAGGCUGUGACAAGUGUGGAACAAGUGGUGAGCGCAAAUUAAGCGAGAAGCAUGUUCUACCAGAGGCGUAUUCUUCAGAUCUUUGUCUGUUAUGUAAAAAACAUGCAUGAUGUCAUUCAAAAAACAAUAAAAUAUUGUCUGCGUUAAGGAAUUAAA